AUAAGGUUGGCCUCAUAUAAUGGCCGUGCCCUCUGGCCGUGCAUCACAUUGUGCUGUCCCCACACACCACACGCCACUAUGGGGUGGCUUUUGAUUGCCGUGGCAACCUGUGCGCUAGUCUCCUCUGCCAAAGGCAACAAGUGGUGGUGGCAGUAUGAGGAAGGCAUACGACACUACAGCCAGGAGGCUCUCCACAAGGAGUUUCCAGAGAAAACCAGACCGGUGAACUUCACACAUUCUCCUUUUCAAUGUCCUGACAUGAGUCGCUCGCCCGCUGUCCCCUCAUCAGUUGAGUUGGUAAAGGCAGCGGACAUUAAAGUCAUUGCUGCCCUGGGGGAUUCUCUGACGACCGCCAUAGGUGCCAAUGCCACCAACGUCCUUGGGAUUCCUAUCGAGUUCCGUCACGUGUCAUGGAGCAUCGGGGGCCAUGGAUCAUACCAAGAUGUCAUUACACUGGCAAAUAUCGUAAGGCUAUUCAAUCCCAAUGUGCUUGGUGCUGCACCGGCCAAGACUGUCCAUGGAACCUCAGCCCCCCUCAGCGAAACAGGAUUCAACCUGGCCGUGACCGGACACAACACCUUUAAUCUACCAGGGCAGACCAGACAUCUCAUCGACACACUGAGAAACUAUGAGGGCCUGAACUUUGAUGAGGACUGGAAGCUACUGACCAUUCUCAUAGGCAUGAACGACAUCUGUGAUUACUGCAAGGAUAAGGUUCUUUUCUCAGUGGACAAUUACAUUCACUACAUGACGAACUCCUUGGAAAUGCUAAUGAAUGAGGUUCCCCGUAUGAUUGUGAAUGUAGUUCAAAUCCUGCCCAUGGAAACCUUGAGGCAGGUCCAGAGGCCCACCCCAGGCUGCCUGCUCCAACGAUCAUUCUGUUCCUGCCUUAUCAAGCCCGGGGCUGGUUCCCCUGAACUGAAGGAGCUAGUGGAGAUCAACCUAGAGUUUCAGAAACGUCUGGAGCAGCUCCUCCACAGCGAUAGCUUCUUCAGGGAGGACUUUGCCGUUGUUCUCCAGCCCUUCAUGAAACAAGCAGACCCUCCUCGCCUCCCGAAUGGCAAGAUCGACAUGACCUUUUUCACCCAUGACUGCUUUCACUUCACCAUAAAGGGCCAUGAGGAGCUAGCUAAGGGACUGUGGAACAACAUGUUCCAGCCAGAGGGAGGGAAGUUUAUGGUGCCAAGCUUUUCUGACCCCAUCGAGCUCAUCUGCCCACCGAUGGAUCACCCCUACAUCUACACCCGACCUGCCAAAAGAGGCCAGUCCACCAUACCCGUUGUCCCCAGGUCGGCUAUUCCAACGCGGGAAACCCUUCUUCUGUCUCACCUUGUGGUCCUGGCUGGUAUUCUGUCCUGGGCCAUCACUGCUUUAGCCUCUCUAUAACACUAAUAAACGUAUACGUGGGGUCAAUAUAGAUAAUAUUAUGGUUGCAGUUGUAAUGAUUGUGGGUGUUUUCUUUGUUGCUGCCAUACCUGCAUUGUCAAGUAUUGAACACAAGAGGGCCCACUGACCCUGGGCCUCUACCAACCCCUGUGUUCUGUGACCAUAGAGAAUGAUAGAGGCCUCUAGUGGCCAAAAGGUCUUAUAAGCUUGGGCAGCGCCAUUGAGGUCUUCUACCAUUUUCAUGUAGACAACUGGCUGAU